AUGGACAGGGCCGCGGUCGCAAGGCUGGCCGUUCCUGUCACUGUGCUCACUCUCAGCGUCUCUCUGCUCUGGUAUAUCUGGCCGAAGAAGCGCAGAGUUUUUCUGGCGCGGGAGCGGAAACGAGCGAGGAUUGCCGAGGUGAGGGAGCUGUCGCCCGACACGAAGCUCUUCCGGAUAUCCCUGGGAGCGCCGGAUACCAUUUUGGGCCUUCCUGUGGGCAAGCACAUCACUAUCUUUGCACCCAACCCUGAGACGUGCCUCAAGAAUGGAACCUGGAACGGCAAACCCGAUCCAGAUAGAGGCAACCAGGAGAUUGAGAGGAAGUACACGCCGGUGACAGGUAACGAGACGCCUGGCCACGUUGACCUCGUGAUCAAGGUCUACCGCCCCGGUUCGACCAAGAUGCCCGAUGGGAUAUCCAUGGGGGUACGGUGGCGGAUUUGGACAGCAAGAUGCCUGGCGAUUUCAUCGAAAUCAUGGGCCCGUUGGGCUUGA